AUGGAGGCCUUCCCAGUUAUUGACUUGUCAAAGCUUAAUGGUGAGGAGAGGAAACCAACCAUGGAGAUGAUUAAUGAUGCCUGUGAGAACUGGGGUUUCUUUGAGUUGGUGAACCAUGGGAUAUCUCAUGAUCUCUUGGACACUGUGGAGAGACUCACAAAAGAGCACUACAGGAAAUGCAUGGAGCAAAGGUUUAAAGAAAUGGUGGCCAGCAAGGGUCUUGAGGCUGUUCAAUCUGAAAUCGAUGACUUGGACUGGGAAAGCACUUUCUUCUUGCGCCACCUUCCUGAAUCCAACCUGGCUGAAAUCCCUGAUCUUGAAGAUGAUUACAGGAAGACAAUGAAGGAGUUUGCAACGGAACUGGAAAAACUUGCCGAGCAACUUUUAGACUUGCUGUGUGAGAAUCUUGGGUUGGAAAAGGGCUACCUGAAAAAAGCCUUUUACGGGUCCAAAGGACCGACCUUUGGAACUAAGGUCAGCAACUACCCUCCAUGCCCUAAACCAGACCUGAUCAAAGGCCUCAGGGCCCACACUGACGCUGGUGGCAUCAUUUUACUCUUCCAAGACGAUAAGGUCAGUGGCCUCCAGCUCCUCAAGGACGGCCAAUGGAUUGAUGUUCCACCUAUGAACCACUCCAUUGUGAUCAACUUAGGUGACCAACUUGAGGUCAUUACCAACGGCAAAUAUAAGAGUGUGAUGCACCGUGUGAUAGCUCAAACAGAUGGUACCAGGAUGUCAAUAGCGUCAUUCUACAACCCAGGAAGUGAUGCUGUCAUCUACCCAGCAUCAGCAUUGGUCGAGAAAGAAGCAGAGGAAAGCCAAAUCUACCCAAAAUUUGUGUUCGAGGACUAUAUGAAGCUCUAUGCAGGCCUCAAAUUCCAAGCCAAGGAGCCAAGAUUUGAAGCCAUGAAGGCCAUGGAAUCUACAAUCACUCGAGGUCCAAUUGCAAUUGCUUAA